AUGGAACCAUCAUCUCCUCCUUCUUCUUCCUCUUCGGCAGAGUUCGAUGUGUUUCUUAGUUUCAGAGGCUUCGACACGCGCAGCAACUUCACCGGCCAUCUCCAAAAAGCGCUUCGCUUAAGAGGAAUCGACUCCUUCAUCGACGACAGGCUCCGUCGAGGAGACAAUCUCACCGCGCUUUUCGAUCGAAUCGAGAGAUCCAAGAUCGCGAUCAUCGUCUUCUCCGCGAAUUACGCUAACUCCGCGUGGUGCCUCCGUGAGCUAGUGAAGAUCCUCGAUUGCAGAAACAGAAACCAGCAGCUUGUUGUACCGAUCUUCUACAAAGUUGACAAAUCCGACGUCGAGAAGCAGAAGAAGAGUUUCGCUGUGCCGUUCAAGUUGCCGGAAUUGACUUUUCCCGGUGUUACGCCUGAAGAGAUCUCGUCCACGUCUGAGGCUAAACUUGUGGAUGAGAUUGCUGUUGACACAUUCAAGAAGCUGAAUGAUUUGGCUCCGAGUGGGAACGAAGGUCUCGUUGGGGUAGAGUCUCGUCUAAAGAAUCUUGAAAAGCUGUUAUCAUGGGAGGAUUUGGAUUCUGUUCAUAUCAUAGGCAUUGUUGGAAUGGUUGGGAUUGGUAAAACGACUCUUGCUGAUUGUUUGUAUGGACGUAUGCGUGGUCACUUCGACGGUAGCUGCUCUCUUACGAACAUCCGAGAAAAUUCAGGUCGAAGCGGGUUAGAAUCUUUGCUGCAGAAACUGUUUUCCACUGUGUUAAAUGAUAGGGAUCUUGAGAUUGGAGCUCCUGGAAAUGCACAUGAGAGGUUUGAGCGCCGGCUUAAGAGCAAGAGGCUGCUUAUCGUGCUUGAUGAUGUGAAUGACGAAAAGCAGAUCAGGUAUCUUAUGGGGCACUGCAAAUGGUAUCAAGGAGGAAGUAGAAUUAUCAUUACUACUAGAGACUGUAAACUGGUGGAGACGAUCAAAGGCCGGAAAUAUGUGCUCCCGAAAUUGAAUGAUAGAGAAGCCUUGAAGCUCUUUAGCUUGAAUGCGUUUAAUGACUCUUGUCCUUCGAAAGGGUUUGAGUGUUUGACAAAUAUGGUUCUAGAUUACGCUAAAGGUCACCCUUUGGCUCUUAAGGUAGUAGGAUCUGAUCUUUGCGAGAGGGAUAAUUUGUAUUGGGAAGCUAAAUUGGAUAGACUGAAAAGUAGAUCACAUGGAGAUAUUUAUGAAGUUUUGGAAACAAGCUAUGAGGAGCUGAGCGUUGAGCAGAAGAACAUAUUUCUGGAUAUUGCAUGUUUCUUUAGAUCAGAAAAUGUGGAUUACGUGAAAAGCCUUCUCAGCAGUCAUGGUGUGGAUGUGUCUGGCGUGAUUAAGGAUCUUGUUGACAAAUGUUUGAUUACUCUUUCUGGUAAUCGCAUUGAGAUGCAUGACAUGUUGCAGACGAUGGGGAAAGAGAUUAGUUUAAAAGCAGAAACAAUAGGAAUAAGAGAACCCUCUUACACUGAAGCCUACUCCUCAAGAAACAUGUGUUAA